CUUGUUCUUUUUAACAUUCAAUGAAAAUUAUAUAUAUAUAUAUAUUUUUUUUUUUUACAUAAGUUACAUUUCAUCGUAUAAAUUUAGUUACUUUUUACGGCCUUUGACCACAACCAGCCGGCCUUUGACCACAACCAGCCGGCCUUUGACCACAACCAGCCGGCCUUUGACCACAACCAGACGGCCUUUGACCACAACUAGACGACCUUUGACCACAACCAGACGACCUUUGACCACAACUAGACGGCCACAGACCACAACUAGACGGCCUUUGACCACAACCAGACUACCUAUGAGCACCACACCAGCAAGCCGCCGAUCAACUACGAGGUAUCCAACUGGCUCCACCUCAACUCCACGGGACACCACUGACUCCACUUCAACUCCACAAGACACCACUGACACCACUUCAACUCCACGGGACACCACUGACAACACUUCAACUCCACGGGACACCACUGACAACACUUCAACUCCACGGGACACCACUGACACCACUUCAACUCCACAGGACACCACUGACACCACUUCAACUCCACAAGACACCACUGACACCACUUCAACUCCACAUGACACCACUGACUCCACUUCAACUCCACAUGACACCACUGACUCCACUUCAACUCCACAAGACACCACUGACACCACUUCAACUCCACAUGACACCACUGACACCACUUCAACUCCACAAGACACCACUGACACCACUUCAACUCCACAAGACACCACUGACACCACUUCAACUCCACAAGACACCACUGGCACCACUUCAACUCCACAAGACACCACUGGCACCACUUCAACUCCACAUGACACCACUGACACCACUUCAACUCCACAAGACACCACUGACACCACUUCAACUCCACAAGACACCACUGGCACCACUUGA